UUCUAGGCGCCGCGCCCGCAAAGCCACACUACGCGAAGGGCGCCGCGCAUGUGGCGUACGUUUUGCAUGUCGCAAUGCAGAGCAAAGGAGGAAUUCGAGAAGAGAUGGAUGAUGUGUCCAUUUUUGUUGGGCGAAAUGAGUCCGCGAGGCUCGCGAAAGCCCAACAGCGAUAUCGGCUUCGCCACCUCACCGCGGCACGAGGCUGCUUGGCGGUGUAAGGAGUCACGCCUGGCCAGUCAGCAGCGAGCACGGGUCGACUGAUCCACUUUGCGUUCUCACACCAUCUUUGAGUCACUCCGCCUCCUGACUGGGUGACUAGGGCGUGAUGUGGCAUAUGGAUAGGUUAUGUAUAAAUGUCUUGGUAGGAUUUUUUCCGGUUCCGUUCCUGCAUUUUCCGAUCAUCACUUUCAUCCCUCGCGGUCGUCGCCAUUUUCCUUUUCGUCCUGUUCGUCGCCGAAGAUCUUCCUAUCAAUAUGAGCAAGCGUCACAACAGGAAGCGAACAAGGAGCCGUCCCCGUCACCGCGACGGUAAUAAAUCAAAUUCAAAUCAUAUUCGAACUCUUUCUACCGAUACCAGUUCAUCUUUUACGAGUACCACGAGUUCCGUUUCGCAGCCGCAGAAUACCCAUGUUCCCAUCGCGACUACGUCCGCAAACCACUGGCAUCAAACGUACGCAGCAUGGCAGGAUCGCCGCCUCUAUUACGAAUCCACGAGAGAGCAAGCCUUGGAGGCCCAGCGGGUCAGAUUUUUCGGAGGGGAGGCUGGCGAUGAUAACAGUCUCCUUGAGCCUAUGCUCAAGGUUGUGACCGAUCUCUUUGAUGGCAUGACCGACUUCGAAGACCCGUGACGCCGCGUUUGCUCCACGCUACAUUCUCCACUCAUCCCCGCGCCCUGCUUCGAUGUGCGGCAACGCAGGCUCAAACUUCGCGAUGGAAUCACCUAUCUUUACGUGUUUCCUUCUAAGCUCCAUUCAACAUCUCGAAGCAGAAUAGCAAUAUAAGCCUUCCCCAGCCAGCAAUGCACAUCCUUUCCGACGCAGAUGUCCUGGUUCGACCUACCCAAGAUACCCUAUUACUUCAUUCAUCUUUCUUUUCUCAUACCGAUCGGUUCUGCCACCAGCUAGAG